CAGGUGACACCUUUAUCACAGGUUGCAUAUACAGUAGCAUCGCUGAACGAACGACUCGGGAAGACGCAGGAUACUUUCUCCCAAAGCUCCUUACCGUGCAACCUCCAACGGGACUAGAUUUCGAGCUUCAUCAACCGCAACCCAAAAACCAAAAAGCUACGCAUCAAAAUCACACAUCUGAGACUAUGAGCGGAUUCCUCGAACAUGGUCGUACAGCUUCAGGCUCGCCCAUGGCUUCCCGUGGGAGGGGAAGAAAGCAGGCGAAGAAGGGUGUCCAAUUGACGCUCAUGGUCGUCGGCGCUUCGGGAACCGGGCGUACGACUUUCGUCAACACCCUCUGCGAAUCCGAGGUCUUGCCGCACACCAUCGAUCAGACCCCGGAAGAGGCUCAUAUCGAGACGGGCAUCCAGAUCAAGCCCAUUCAAGUCGAGCUCGAAGAGGAUGGAGUCAGGAUCGCCAUGACCUUGAUCGACACCAAAGGAUUCGGGGACAACAUUGACAACGAAUACUGCUUUCAAGAAAUCCUGUCUUACCUCGAAUUGCAAUACGACCAUAUCCUCGCCGAAGAAUCCCGGAUCCGAAGGAACCCUCGAUUCAAGGAUCAACGUGUGCACGCCUUGUUGUACUUUAUCCCUCCUACCGGACAUGCGUUGAGGGAGAUGGACAUUGAGCUUAUGAAGAGGCUCGCACCCAGGGUUAACGUCAUCCCGGUUAUUGGGAAAUCCGACACGUUGACCCCGAAAGAGUUGCGAGAGUUCAAAAAGAGGAUCAUGGAGGAUAUCGAGUACUACAGUAUUCCUGUUUACAACUUCCCUUAUGACGUCGAAGAGGAUGACGAGGAUACCAUACUUGACAACAGCGAGUUGCGAGCCCUACUUCCGUUCGCCAUCGUCGGAUCAGAGGAAAAGUUCAUGAUCAACGGCGAGAAUGUCCGCGGCCGUCGUUACCCCUGGGGUAUCGUCGAGGUUGAGAACCCGGACCACAGCGAUUUCGCCAGGUUGAGGCAGGCGUUGUUGAUGACCCACUUGACCGAUCUCAAGGAGAUUACUCACGAUUUCCUGUAUGAGAACUACCGUACUGAAAAGCUCUCUCGAGCCGUCGGGAGCGAACCGAGCUCGAGCGUCGCCCCGGCCGACAUGGCUCAGCAGUCGGCCUUGCUGAAAGAGGACCAACUGAGGAGGGAAGAAGAAAAGCUCAAAGAAAUCGAACUCAGGGUGCAGAGGGAGAUUUUGCAGCGCAAGCAGGAACUGAUGGCCAAGGAGGACAGUCUGAAGGCUCUCGAAGCCAGGCUCGCCGCUCAACACACCGGAGGGACCUACGAUCAGUAAACUGGCUCGAUAUCUGCAAGUCCUUUCUCUUCUGGGACUUUUUUCACGUCUUCACGUUACGACCAUGGCGGAUUCUCCUACGCCUCGACUUCUUCUUUCUCGGUCUCAAACUCGGGUUUUCUUGUCUCUCUAUACCAUCCCGCCCAUGUAGCAGGACGUUCCGUUAGCUCACGUCUUACAGCUGGACGUGUCCAUUGCGGUAUCCUCGAGCUCUCUUCUCCAUGAUGACUAUAACGAUCGCUUUUUGCUGUGCCUUGGUCCGGAUCACAAGACUGAAAUUGUGAA